AUGCGGUACCACCUGCUCGCUGCCCUUCUUGCCUCCGAGGCCCUCGCUGCUCGACCAUUCUUAAACGAGCCAGACACGGGAAUUGACGAUGUCCUUUCCUACCUCCCCAAGGGAAUCCUCCCGAAGCUCUCGGAUAUCGUUGGUCUGCCCGACUUUGACUGGGCGGCUCGCCACUACCUCCCAGUGAAGAACUACACUUACUACCGCAAUGGCGCCGCCGGAGAGUGGUCAUACCGCAACAACCUGGAGGUCUAUAGCCGAUACCGCCUGAGGCCCAGGGUCAUGGUCGACAUUACGAAUAUUGAGAGCACUUUGCCAACAACCAUCCUCGGCCACAACUUUUCGGCGCCCAUUUUCAUCAGCCCGUGUGCUCGGGGUACCUAUGGCCACCCUGAUGGAGAGCUCAACCUUGUGAGAGGAGCUGCUGCUGGCAACAUCCUUUACAUGCCGGCGCUUUUUGCAUCGUAUACGAUUGAGGAGAUUGCCGCUGCCAAGGCCGAAGGCCAGGUCGUGUUCCAACAGCUAUAUCUUUCCUCCAACGAUACGGAGACGCAGGAUCUUUUGGACCGUUCCAAAAAGGCUGGUGCAAGCGCCAUUAUAUUUACCGUCGACUCUGCAGCAGAUGGAAACAGACAUCGAGCUGCUCGAUAUGGCGUAGGAUCAGCUGACUCCGAGUAUACUUAUAUUACUUGGGAUUAUUACAAGAAGAUCACCAGAAUGACGGAUCUGCCCGUCAUUCUCAAGGGAAUCAUGACCGUGGAAGAUGCGAAGCUUGCUGUCAAGCACAAAGUGCCCGCCAUCAUCCUCUCAAACCACGGUGGCAGGCAAAUCGACGGCAGCCCCUCGUCCCUCGAAGUCGCACUUGAAAUCCACCAAAGGGCUCCCGAAGUCUUCAAGAAGAUUGAAGUCUACGCGGAUGGCGGUGUUCGAUAUGGAGCCGAUGUCCUCAAGCUGCUGUCUCUGGGCGUCAAGGCUGUGGGCUUGGGACGUCCCUUCAUGUUUGCCAAUGUCUUUGGUACCAAGGGCGUUGAAAAGGCCAUCGACAUUAUCAAGCAUGAAAUUGCGAUUGAUGCUGCAAAUCUGGGUGUCGGGGAUCUGAAGAAGAUCGAUCCAAGCUAUGUGCAAUGGACCCCUAACAACUGGAUGGGAUAA